AUGUACAGCUUCAUGGGCGGAGGGUUAUUUUGUGCUGGAGUGGGGAAUAUACUCCUUAUCAUUUCCACGGCAACAGAUUACUGGAUGCAGUACCGCCAAUCAAGCAACUACAUGCAUCAAGGCUUGUGGCGGUAUUGCGUAGCAGGAAAAUGCUUCACCCACACAGACAGCAUCGCGUACUGGGACGCCACACGAGCCUUCAUGAUCCUCUCCCUCCUGGCCUGCUUCUUCGGCAUCAUCAUCGGCAUCAUGGCUUUCAUACACUACUCCUCCUUCGACAGAUAUGACAAAACCUUUGCUGCAGGCAUUCUCUUUUUCUUCUCAUGCUUUUUUGUAUUGCUGGCCAUGGCAGUUUACACCGGAGUGACUGUGAAUUACUAUGGUAAACGGUAUGGAAGCUGGAGGUUCUCCUGGUCUUACAUCAUCGGUUGGGUUGCUGUGGUGCUCACCUUCUUUUCAGGUAUAUUCUACAUGUGUGCCUACCGAAUGCAUGAAUGCCCGAGAGGUUCCAGCUCUCAUUAG